GCAUAACAAAAACUUUAUCUGCUAUGGGAACAUCGCCAUUUUAUCAGUUUUAAACCAAUUAUUCAAUGGCAUUUCAUCUCAUUUGUAUCUUAAACCUCUUAUCGUGACUGAAUAAAAACUGUUGAUCAAUCAGACUUUUCAGUUGAUGGUUCUAGCACAGCAGCAAAAAUGGUCAGAUUUGUAGUUUACAUAGGUCUGACUCUUAGUGUCAGUCUUGUGGCAGCUAAUCCAUUAUGGAAUUCGAGUGUCCUGUACACAGCUGAUGGAGAUAUACUCACCCCACCAGAAGGUUCCAUUGUGCAGCAAGCACGUGUUGGUGACAAGCGCUGCAUAACAGGACUUGGCUGCUUUGAGUUAACAAAAGAUUUCUUCCACUUCCGCUACCGUCCAAUAAAUGUGUUGCCUCAGGACAGAUUGACUGUUGGGACCCAAUUUCAUUUGUACACGAAACUUCAUCCCAAAGAAGUCCACUACUUGGAUGUGAGCAAACCAAAUGAGAUCACGAGCUCUCCUUUGGAUCCUACACACGAGACAAAAUUCAUUGUUCAUGGCUUCAUUGACAGUACAUUUUAUGGAAAGUGGAUGGAGCAACUUAAAGACAAUUUGUUGCUACAAGGAGAUUAUAACGUCAUAGUCGUUGACUGGAGCAAAGGAAAUCGAUUACCUUACACUCAAGCUACAGCCAACACUCGAGUCGUGGGAGCCGAAAUUGCUUUAAUGAUUGAAACCUUACAGAAACUUUUGAACGUUAACCCAAUGGAUUGCCAUAUCAUUGGUCACAGUCUUGGCUCACACAUUGCUGGCUAUGCUGGGGAAAGGUUGAAGAAGGUCAAACUAGGACGAAUCACUGCUGUUGAUCCUGCUCAACCAUACUUCCAAAAUAUGCCUCCUAGCGUGCGAAUUGAUCCCACUGAUGCUGAUUUCGUUGACGUCAUCCACACCGACUCCUCCUCAGUGAAGUUUCUGGCUUUAGGAAUGUCCCAAGCUGUUGGACACGUUGACUUUUACCCCAACAACGGACAGAACCAACCCGGAUGUAAAGGGGCAGCCGUACAUUCAAUCUUCUUGGAAGGACUUUUUGAUGCCAUACGACGUUUCACUUCUUGUAAUCAUCAAAGAGCUGUUGAUUUUUUCAUUUACUCCAUCAAUUACAAGAGACUUCCUCCGGUUGGUUAUGAAUGUGAUAGCUACGAGGAUUAUUUAGCUGGUCUAUGCCAUGAUUGUGGAAAGGAUGGUACUAAGUGUGCAAUCAUGGGAAUGAGAGCUAUUGAGUAUAAGCCAAAGAAAAAUGACAAAAAAUCAGUCAAAAUGUUUUUAUCCACUGGUUCAAACGUACCUUUCUGGCUGGCAUCAUACCAUGUCUCUGUAAAGUUGCAGAAAAAAGCUGGGGCUAAAAAUAGGAAAGGAGAAAUAACUUUGACUGUUCAAGGAACCAAGAAUACGUACACCCUCAAGUUAUCAUCGAAGUCAAAAGAUCUUGUACAUGGAUCAACAUACGACUUUCUCGUAACGCAGAAUGAUGAAUUAGGGGACAUAAAAAGUGUUACAUUCUCAUGGGUUAAUUCUGGCCUUUCUAUACUUCAGAAGCCUACUAUUUUCUUGGAAAAUGUCCAAAUAUCUCCGAUGAACGUUGCAGAUACCGUUCAACGUUCACUAGAAACGAAAAAGUAUUGUAACAAAGGAGGCAAAGCAAUUGAUUCCAAAAAGUCAGUGUUGCUUACUGCAUGUUGAAGACUCAAAGAUUCAAAAUGACAUAAAUGCUGUGUUACUUGUAAACAAAUCUGGUCUCUACAAUAAAAAAACAAGUUUUUGUUUAUUGUCA